UCAGUAGUAUGGGCUUAACAUGGCUAGCUAAGUAGGAUACGGUUAAUGUAUCCAAAAGGCUGAAGCUUUUGCGUUACGCUGUUAAACUCGGAUGUUUUAUUUCACCGAGAGGUACCCGGCAACCAUUUGUGACAGCGAGGAGUUUGCGUCAUUUGUGAAUAUUGCGCUAUUUGGUUAACCGUUGUGUGUGCCUGUGUAGCUUCUUAGCUAGCGAACGCUAAACGUCAUUCAGACAUUCGCUGCUCUGCUAACGUCGCUCUGCGUUGGGAUUUGUUGGCUUGUUUUCACAGCUGCAGUGUCUGAACUCGACCGAGUGGUCAUUCAGAGACCGGUCCCGGGUAGUCUAGCCUGUGUGCGAGUUCAUUCAUGCUCCACGUCGUCGUGUGACCGUUGCUGAAUGUUUGGUGGGAGAAACCGCAGCAGCAGCUACAGCUAGCACAGCGUUAGCUUGUCAACGCCGACAACAAUGGGCGAAAAAAGGUGCUUUAAAAACGCGAGAACGAUUUGUCUUUUGACCCUUCUGCUGAUGGUCUUCGCCAAAGAAAUAGCAGCUGAUGAGGAGCAACGUGGGAACGACGGACCAGAGCUGAAGUCUUACCACGAUCCAGACUCCGAAGAGGAAGAGGUCCAUUUGUCGACCGACAUCGCGUCCGGUGUCUCUGUGAACUCGGGUCGUGAAGUCUCCCGGCCGGAGGAAGAGGAACAACAGUCGCCGGCGGAGGGACUGGAGGGAGAGGAGAAGGAGGACCUGCCUGAGCAGCCUCCUCCAGUUGAAGAGAAACCUAAAGAGGUUCCCGUGGUGAAUGGAGGUACAGCCGAUGGGGAGCCCUGCAUCUUCCCCUUCCUCUUCCAGAGGAGGGAGUACUUUGACUGUACCACUGACGGACGGGGGGAUGGACGGCUGUGGUGCGCCACGAUCUAUGACUACGACCAGGAGAAGAAGUGGGGUUUCUGUGAGACUGAGGAGCAGACGCAGCAGAGGCUGCUGGCCGAGGAGGCUGAUGAGCAGUAUGUGACUGUCCUGCGCAUGCUCAACUCCACCGCCAGGAGGACCCAGAAGAAAGAGUUGUACGAAAAGCUGCUGAAAGUAGCCGAGAAAGGCCACCCGAAAGCCAUGGAGAAGGUGGCGUACGCCAUGCUGUUUGGGGACUACAUGAUCCAGAACGUGACCAGGGCCAAAGGCAUGUUUGAGAAGCUCGCCGUCGAGGGCUCGCCGAAAGCUCAGACGGCUCUCGGCUUUCUGUAUGCAGCAGGACUCGGAGUCAACUCAAGUCAGGCUAAGGCGCUGGUUUACUACACCUUUGGAGCCCUGGGGGGAAACCUGGUUGCUCAUAUGAUCCUGGGCUACAGAUACUGGGGAGGUGUGGGUGUUCCCCAGAGCUGUGAGUCGGCUCUAACGCACUACAGACUCGUGGCAAAUCAGGUGGCCAAUGACGUGUCCCUGACCGGGGGCUCGGCGGUGCAGAGGAUCCGGCUGCUGGAUGAGGUGGAGAACCCGGGGUCUACCAGUGGGAUGCUGGAGGAGGACUUGAUCCAGUACUAUCAGUUUCUGGCUGAGAAAGGAGAUGUUCAAGCUCAGGUGGGACUGGGUCAGCUGCACCUGCAUGGAGGACGUGGCGUAGAACAGAACCCCCAGAGGGCGUAUGACUACUUCACCCAGGCUGCAAAUGCAGGGAACACACACGCCAUGGCGUUCCUCGGCAAGAUGUACUCUGAAGGCAGCGAGUAUCUCCCCCAGAACAACGACACGGCCCUGCAGUACUUCAAGAAGGCCUCCGACCUGGGUAAUCCAGUGGGACAGAGUGGCCUGGGCAUGGCCUACCUGUACGGGAGAGGUGUCCCAAUAAACUACGAGAUGGCACUGAAAUACUUCCAGAAGGCAGCCGAGCAGGGCUGGGUGGACGGACAACUCCAGCUGGGCACCAUGUACUACAGCGGCAUCGGCGUGAAGCGCGAUUACAAGCAGGCACUCAAGUUCUUCAACCUGGCCUCGCAAGCAGGCCACAUCCUGGCCUUCUACAACUUGGCCCAGAUGCACGCCACCGGUACUGGUGUGAUGCGCUCCUGCCACACCGCCGUGGAGCUUUUCAAGAACGUGUGUGAACGCGGCCGCUGGUCAGAGCGCCUCAUGGGGGCCUACGGCAGCUUCAAGGAGGGCGAGUCUGACGCGGCGCUGGUCCAGUAUCUGCUGCUGGCUGAGCAGGGCUACGAGGUGGCCCAGAGCAACGUGGCCUUCAUUCUGGACCAGACAGAAGGAGCACGGAUCUUCACUGAGAAUGAGACCUACCCUCGUGCUUUGCUCCACUGGACGAGAGCUGCAGCACAAGGUUACACUGUGGCAAGGAUCAAACUGGGGGACUACCACUACUACGGCCAGGGGACCGACGUGGACUACGAGACGGCCGUCAUCCACUACAGACUGGCGUCGGAGCAGCAGCACAGCGCCCAGGCCAUGUUCAACCUGGGUUACAUGCACGAGAAAGGCCUGGGCAUCAAACAGGACAUCCAUUUAGCCAAGCGCUUCUACGACAUGGCCGCCGAAGCCAGUCCCGAUGCCCAGGUUCCAGUUUUCUUGGCCCUGUCCAAGCUGGGCCUGGUUUACACUCUGCAGUACCUGCAGGAUCUUAAUUUAAAGGAGCUGAUAGCUCAGGUGGACCUGGACCAGCUUCUCGGCCCGGAGUGGGACCUCUACCUCAUGACUGUCAUCGCCCUGCUGCUCGGCACAGUCAUCGCCUACCGGCAGCGGCAGCACCAAAUCAUAGUUCCCCCCCGGCCACCCGUCCCUGCGCCGGCCCCCCCGCCCAGACCCCCUCAGGAACAGUCGCAGCCCGAGGCGGAGCCUCCGGUUCAGGAAGAAACGCAAGCCCAGGCGCCGGCCCAGGAGGAAGAGGAGCAGCAGUGAGUGAGAGAGUGAGAGAGAGAGUGGAAAGAGAGAGAGAGAGAGAAAGAGCCAGACGGAGUGAGGGCAGUGGAAGACGGACAGGAGGCUCUGCCAGCCACGAGCUCCUCUCACUCCACACGCUAAAAUACAGACUAAUGAAGGCUGCUGAACUGUGCAGUCCCCCAACUCCUUUUCUCUAUUUAAAAUAUGCUGGGCCUGUGCUGAAGAGACACAGUGUGGGGGGGUGGAGGUGUUUAUGGACAAUGCUACAGAACCGAGCAUUGAGAGGACAACGCGGACUCUGGACUCGCCGGCCUGUGACUCGGCAUGCCGACCGCGUCCUCGCCACGGGAAGAAAAAAAAUAAAAAUAAUCCCAGGCAGACUAAUCGACAUAGUUGGAAUCUAAAAUGUGCUUUAAUUUGUUCCUACUUUCCCUUUUUCGAGAGCAUCACACACUGCCGCCAUCCUAAUUUAGAAAAAUAACAGACGGGAACACUUAAUUCAGAUCCUUUUCUUUGCUAGUUUGUAAAAAGAAACGUCGUGUUCUACCAUGUUUUCUCUCAUUUUGACUUUAAUUUUAGGCCUCUCCCCCCCCCCUUUUUUUCAGAUACUUGACUGAACUAACUUGACAUUAAUUUUUGCAUUAAUUAGUUCCUCUUUUGGUUGAUGUGUUGAGUCUGUAAUUUUUUUUUUUUAAAUCUGCAAUUCACUGAAAAUUUGAAUGUUCCGAGUUGUGCUCGGUCGCGUCAUUCGUCUGAGAAUAAGAAAUCUGUUACGCAGUUUGCUUUUAAAUCAUUAGGAAAGCUGUACCGAGAUAGAUGAUGUAUAUAAUUUGGCGGUUAUGUUUUCUGAAGUCAGUCACUGAGCUGAAGCGCAUCCUUGUGACGGCGUUUAAAACCCCAAACGAUCUAAAGAGGGCAAACUUGACGAAAGGUCACGGGACCGCCUUUGAAGACGCACGUUUGUUGGCGCCGUGCGUUUCCACCAACGGGCUUUGAUCCUCGUGGUCGGUAGCUCCGAUUGGUCCUCAAACCUCAUCCGCCUUUUCUUUUUCUUGUUUUGGUUCGUUAAGCCUCGAGUUCGGAGCCGCCUUAAAGAUAGCAGCGCCUCAAAACUCUGGAUUGUUUCUCUAUUACAGGAAGUGGAUGAGGUGUGUGUGUGAUUGGUUGUACAACUUCAGCUGUGGUGAGAGUUCCCGCCCCCUCACCAAUAGUCCAAGUUGGAUCUCUACCAACACUUUUCAUCUCAGAUGGCCCUAAAUCUGCAUAAAUGAAGCCAUGAUUAGGCCGGAGAGUAUUUAUCAAAACACAAUUGGAAACUUAUUUUUGUUUACACACAUACACCCUCCCAACCCACCCACCCCUCAAAAGUCCAUUCCUUCAGUUCCACAGUCCGUGCUUGUCGUCGUUGGGACGUCGUCCGACCCGAUUGGCCUGCAUGACGUCAUUCGUUUCCAAAAACACGCCGUCGGUCUAAAAUGAAACCGCGGUCAAGGUUGUCGAAGAUGCAUUUUUACCAUCGCAAAUACAACUUUAUAAAGAAAUUAAUAAAUGAUAUAUGGAUAUUUA